GUAGCGAUCGGGCGGCCAUGUUGUGCGGGGGGGGAGGGGAGGAAGGAGUUGAGAGGAGACGGGAGAGACUCUCUCACACACACGGCACAAGAUGGCCGGGGAAGCAGCUGCAGCUGCCGCCGGGCUCCCGGGCGCUCUCUUCGCCGCUCGGAGCGGGGAGGCCCGGCGAGCGGGCCCCCACCCCCGGCUGCCGGUCUCGGGGGCCGAGUCGGGGCCCGGCACUGUGAGGGUUCCGGGGCGCCGGAGGGGCGGCAAGCCGGGCUGCCGCGCGGGGCUGCCGACGGGCGGAGGGGGUAAUGGCGCCGGGCGCCGGAGCCCUGCCCGCGCCUCUCCCUCGCCGGGCGGGCGCGGGGCCGCGCUUCACCGCGGACAGGUCGCAGAGGGGAGCGGCGCCCCGCUCUCGGGGCCCCCGUUGCCCGCCAGCGGGCUGCUCUUCGCCGGGUAGAAUUCUAUGAACAAUGCCUUGUUUCCUGACUGGCUUCCAGAAGAAUCGUUCAUACCUUAUUUUCUUAGGCAAUUACUGGAUAUUGUUCUUACUUCCAAAGAUUCAGAUGGCUGGUUGGGUAAAAGACCUUGAGCAAAAUUCUGUACUGUCCAUACCAGAUGUGUUGAGGAAUUGAUUUACUCACUGUAAGCAAAAUUACUGCUCUCGAUUGAAGCACUGAAUCCAAUCAGAUGAAGAGUCUCAAAAGGAGUCUACGAAUGAGACACCAAGAUGGCAGUUCCACUGUUGAUUGAGAGGUUGAGGAAAUGGACUAAUGCAUGAGUGCUGUGAUAUGUCUGUCCAAGAAAAGGAUGUUAAAACAUGGACUCUCGUGUUACUAAACCAGAGAAGAUCUGGGUUGUGACCAUCCUAUCAAAAUGGACUUUGCACUUGAAUUAAUCAGGGGACUAUGUCAGUGACUGUCCAAUGAUGGAUCUGUUUGAGGACUGGGUGGCAAACUCUUACUCUCGGCUUGUGCAUGCAUAACAGGCAGAUUCAUUUGGUAAGAGAUCUGUUGCUACCCUGUUGGAGAAAAUGUAAUGUUUUUUUAAAGUGACUUAAUAAAAGGUUUUGGUUUCUUUCACACUUUGUGUUUGUCCUUUCUGGCUGAAUAUUUUUUCUUGUGUUGAUAUUGAGGUGGGUUACAUUUUUGGUUACUAUUAAAGUGAGAAAUACUGUAGCUGCUAAGCACUAAAGCGAAGGUGAAAUUUUGUGCUCUACUUGACUUAAAAUGUGGUUUUCAUUUGCAUAUUGUCUUCACUUUGCCAUGACUUCCAAUGAAUUUUUAUUUGCUGAUUGGUUCAUUCAGGUGCUUAAUGUUAGGGGUUUUUCAUUGCUUGGCCUAUUGUCAGGGUACUUCUGCUGAACUUUCUGAAGUUAUUUUAAGAUGGAAAUUAUAUUAAUUGAAGGCUGGGCAAAUAUGACAAUAAAGGAGUACUUGAAUGUUUUUGUGUAACUUUUGAGGUAUGCUGCUUUGGUUGUGUAUGGGUACAGAAACUUUUCACCAGAUUUCCUGGAUAAUGUACUUCCUGAACAGUCUAUUCUGUCUUAAAAUUGUUCUGUACAAUUGUCCAAUCUGCUUCACUGCUAAUUAAUGUAGGCUUAGCUGUGUGAUGCUAUACCAUGUAUUUGAUGAGAAAAAAAUUGAGUUAUUUUUGCUGGUGCUACAGAUGACAUGUUAACCUUUACAAAUUUUCAAAUGGUUCUAAUGUUCAGGAAACAAUUCCCUUUCAAGUUCCUGUGGAUCAGAUAGUUACACUGUAGCCACCUUUAUGUAUGUUUCACCUGAAAUUUGUAGUUAGACAAUUGUUUUAUGCCGGAGGGCCAAGGUGACAGACCUGGUCCUGAGAUAACCUAGGUGUUCUCUUUUAAAAACAAAGAAAAUACAAAACCAAACAAAACCCCAUUGUAUGUAUUUAACCAUUUGGCUUGCUCAGACUUCCUUGUAAAUAUCCAUUUUUACUGUGAUGAAUUGUUCAUAUGUGAUCAAUCCAGCUUUCUGAUGAUACAUGCUUGCUCAGGGUUGGUUUUGCCAUGUGUUACGUGGUGGAGUUGGAUACUGGGACCAACCUAAAGGUAUCCCUAUUCACAUGAGUGGAUUUACUUAGUGUUGGUUGAUUAGAAUGGUCUUGCAUUGUGUUUUUUAGUUCUUGUGGUUUAGGUGCAAGGGGUCUUCUGUAAAUAAUUGGUAAACUGAAAUUCUUUAAAAUGGACUGUGGCAACAGAGCAUAUGCGCUCAAACCUCUUGAUGUGGGAAAGGUGAUAGGUUGUUGCAGGAUGGGGAUGGCAAGUGAGUGGAGUUGACAGGGACUAUCUUGGUUCUACUGGUAGAAGCCAGUGUGUUCAGGCUGUUGGGGUGCUGUGCCAUGGAUGUCCCCACAGAAGCCCAAAUUAGCUCAUUACCCCCUUCUCCCCCGGCAGUCCCCCAAUGUCUGAUUUCACUGGCUUGUUGUGAUGCGUAUGAAUACGCAAGAUGUCCUUGCAAUUUGAGUCUGUUGCUUGUGGGAAGACAACUGGUAGUCAGAAUACAAGGGUUUGGGGGAUGCUUGGAUCUCCUCCAUUUCCUCUGUGGUGCAUCCUCCCAACACCAGGAUGUUGUAUUUGAGAUGUUGCUUGAUUUCCAGUUCUACAGCUUGGCUAUUGUAUGGGUUUAAAAUUGGCUUGUUGUGUUAAAAUCUAUUAAUGAACAAUAAUGGGUUAAGAAUGUGAGUUCGAAAUAACCCUUUUCAUGGUGUCAGACUUAUUUUACAGUAGUGCCUUCGCCUAACUGAUGAAAAUUGUGUAGCUGUUGGAUUUUUGCUGUUGGGGAAAACCACUAGGGAGGCGCUGUCGAGCUGGAGGGGGUUAUCAGCAAUGCGGGGCUCUCUUAGGAGUGGGUGACGCUCUUGUCCCAGGCUUUAAGUGCAGGUGUUGGGUGAUGGAUGGAGGACCUAUUGUCUGGGGAUACUGGCACUGAAUUGAAAAAAAAAGCUACCCCUUGGGUGGGCUGAGCCCCAAGGUGGGUUGUUGCUGGCUGCAUGGCUGUUAGCUCCACUGCCAUUCUUUCAAAAUGGCUUGUAACAGCACCACUUCCUGUCCAGGGAGGAAGUAAUUUUAGCCCAGGCACUGAAAUAUUUAGCAAAUCUUUAAAACAAAAGGCACAAAUUCCAUUUCUUUCUGGUUUCAAAAGGGUGCCUGAGCCACAUGGGGUUAAGGUGCCCCUUCAGCUGGGGUAGUUGGAAGAAGCCAGGGCUGUGGGGGUAGCAGGCACCCUUUAGGUGGAGGCUAUCUCUUUUUUUGGUAGAAAUGAAGGGGUGGGUCUAUGGUACAUCACCUGAGUUGUGGGGUAAAUGUAGAGAGUGUCAAUCAAAGGCAGAGCUCAGAGCUGGGAAGGAGCUCUAGAUGGCGGCUGUGCCUUAGAGAGAGCGCGCUCAGCUCCGUGCCUUCCCCAACACUUUACGCAACUUUCCCUAACUUUCGGGCAGCCUCAGGGGGCCCCCACAGCCCCUUGCCUCUCCUAGGCACUAAUCGGGGGCUGAGCGGACCUUUUUCGGGCAGAAAAGCAGCUUUUGAGGGCUCCCUUUUCGUGCCUUGCUGGAAAGAAGAAGCCGUGGAGAGAGCCCAGGUCGUUGUUUUUCCAGCUUAGAAGCCAUGGCGUACCUCCAUUUUUGUGCGCUCUCCUAAUGAGCUUUUUCCCCCGGACAUUUUUGUACCAGUUACCGCUUCUUUUGCUUUAUCGGCACCAUAUUUUUGGGAUUAGAAUAUAUAUUUUUUUUUCAUUUUCUGAAAUUUGUAUUUUAUCGUUAUAACUCUAAAUAUUUUGGAUCUAAUGUUUUUCCACUACCCAAAACUAAUAUCGACUUGGUCCUGGCGGCGGUGCAUGGAUCAGGUAGUAAAUACCUGGGCACAGGACUUCAAAGCAAACAGACACCCCUGGCCCCCUCUUAAUAUUUAAGAAUAAAAAGAUGAUGAGAAAUAAGGACAAAAGCCAAGGAGAGGAGGGUUCAGUCCACAGCAAUGCAUCGAGUCACUCAGCAUCUGAAGAAGCCUCUGGCUCUGACUCUGCAAGCCAGUCUGAAAGUGAGCAGGGCAGCGAGUCAAACAGCAGCUCGGAGUCCUCUGAAAGUCAGUCUGAAUCCGAAAGUGAAUCAACGGGUUCAAAAUCCCAGCAGACCCCUCCUGAAACCAAAGAAAAACCAGCCUCUAAGAAGGAAAGGAUAGCAGAUGUUAAAAAGAUGUGGGAAGAAUAUCCUGAUGUUUAUGGGGUUAGGAGGUCAAACCGAAGCAGACAAGAACCAUCGCGAUUUAAUAUAAAAGAUGAGGCAAGUAGUGAAUCUGAAAAUGAGAGCCCAAAAAGAAGAGGCCAGAAGCAAAUGAAAAAAACAAACAAAUGGAAAAGAGAGGUCUCUGGUGAAGAUGAGGAUGAAGAUGGAGGGGAGCAAGGCACCAGUGGAGAGAGUGAGCCUGAACCGAAGAAAGUCAAAGCAAGAAGACCUGUCCAAAGGAGAACAGUUGCCAAAACCAAUGUUAAAAAGCCUCACAAACCCCAGCGUGGGAAGAAGAGAAAGAAACCGGACUCAUCUGAAGAUGAUGAUGACGACGAAGAUGAUGAGACUCCCAAGAGACAGACUCGACGAAGAGCAGCCAAAAACGUCAGCUACAAAGAAGAUGAUGAUUUUGAGACGGAUUCUGAUGACCUGAUAGAGAUGACUGGGGAAGGAGCUGAUGAACAGCAAGACAACAGUGAAACUAUUGAGAAAGUCUUAGACAUCAGGCUUGGAAAAAAAGGAGCCACUGGUGCUUCCACCACAGUGUAUGCAACUGAAGCCAACGGCAACCCAAGUGCUGACUUUGACCCUGAAAAGGAUGAGGGAGAAGUUCAGUACCUGAUCAAAUGGAAAGGCUGGUCAUACAUCCAUAGCACAUGGGAGAGUGAAGAGUCCCUGCAGCAGCAGAAAGUGAAGGGCUUGAAAAAGCUAGAAAACUUCAAGAAAAAAGAGGAGGAGAUCAAGCAAUGGCUGGGCAAGGUAUCACCUGAAGAUGUGGAAUAUUUCAACUGCCAACAAGAGCUAGCUUCAGAGCUGAACAAACAAUAUCAAAUAGUGGAGAGAGUAAUUGCUGUGAAGACCAGCAAGUCUGCAACAGGACAUUCAGAUUUCCCAGCAAACAGUCGCAAAACAUCCUCAAAUGACCCUGAAUACCUGUGUAAGUGGAUGGGGCUGCCCUAUGCUGAGUGCAGCUGGGAAGAUGAGGCUCUGAUAAGCAAGAAAUUUCAGCACUGCAUUGACAGCUUCAACAAUCGUAACAACUCCAAAACUAUUCCUACCCGGGACUGCAAGGUAUUGAAGCAGAGACCGAGGUUUGUUGCCUUGAAGAAACAGCCUUCUUACAUUGGCGGUGAGAACCUGGAGCUCCGGGAUUACCAGCUGGAGGGCCUCAACUGGCUCGCUCACUCGUGGUGCAAGAGCAACAGCGUGAUCCUGGCUGACGAAAUGGGCCUGGGCAAGACAAUUCAGACAAUAUCAUUCCUGUCGUAUCUCUUCCAUCAACACCAGCUGUAUGGCCCUUUCCUGGUGGUGGUGCCUUUGUCCACUCUCACCUCAUGGCAGAGGGAGUUUGAAGUGUGGGCACCUGAGAUAAAUGUGGUGGUUUACAUUGGAGACCUGAUGAGCAGGAACAUGAUACGUGAAUAUGAGUGGAUCCACUCUCAGUCUAAAAGGUUGAAAUUCAAUGCACUUAUCACAACAUAUGAGAUUCUCCUCAAGGAUAAGGCUGUUUUGGGAAGUAUUAACUGGGCCUUUCUAGGCGUGGAUGAAGCCCAUCGGUUGAAAAAUGAUGACUCUUUGCUGUACAAAACAUUGAUUGAUUUCAAGUCCAACCACAGGCUGCUGAUCACCGGCACCCCACUUCAAAAUUCGCUCAAAGAGCUCUGGUCCCUGCUGCAUUUCAUCAUGCCAGAGAAAUUUGAGUUCUGGGAGGAUUUUGAAGAGGAUCAUGGAAAAGGUAGAGAGAACGGCUACCAGAGCCUUCACAAAGUCCUGGAGCCGUUUCUCCUACGCAGAGUAAAGAAGGAUGUGGAGAAAUCUUUGCCAGCUAAAGUGGAGCAGAUCCUUCGUGUGGAAAUGUCUGCUUUGCAGAAACAGUAUUACAAGUGGAUUUUGACAAGAAACUACAAAGCUCUUUCAAAAGGAACGAGGGGGAGCACAUCUGGUUUCCUGAACAUUGUGAUGGAGUUGAAAAAGUGCUGCAACCAUUGCUACCUUAUCAAACCUCCAGAGGAAAAUGAGAGAGAGAAUGGCCUUGAGACACUGCAGUCUCUGAUCAGGAGCAGCGGAAAGCUAAUUCUCUUGGACAAGCUGCUGACCAGGCUGCGGGAGAGAGGCAACAGAGUGCUGAUCUUCUCCCAGAUGGUGAGGAUGCUGGACAUCUUGGCAGAGUACCUGACUAUCAAACACUACCCUUUUCAGCGCUUGGACGGCUCAAUCAAAGGGGAGAUCCGAAAGCAGGCGCUGGACCACUUCAACGCUGACGGCUCUGAGGACUUCUGUUUCUUGUUGUCAACGCGAGCUGGAGGGCUGGGAAUUAAUUUGGCUUCUGCUGAUACUGUUGUUAUCUUUGACUCGGACUGGAACCCCCAAAAUGAUCUUCAGGCUCAGGCUCGGGCUCACCGGAUUGGACAAAAGAAGCAGGUGAAUAUUUACCGCCUGGUCACAAAGGGUACGGUAGAGGAGGAGAUCAUUGAGAGGGCCAAGAAGAAAAUGGUGCUGGAUCAUUUGGUGAUCCAGCGUAUGGACACCACUGGCCGGACUGUUCUGGACAACAACUCUGGGAGAUCCAACUCAAAUCCUUUCAACAAAGAGGAGCUGACAGCUAUUCUGAAGUUUGGAGCUGAAGAUCUCUUCAAGGAGCUUGAAGGGGAAGAGUCAGAGCCUCAGGAGAUGGACAUUGAUGAGAUUUUACGUCUGGCUGAAACACGAGAAAAUGAAGUGUCCACCAGUGCCACUGACGAGCUCCUCUCCCAGUUCAAGGUGGCUAACUUUGCAACCAUGGAGGAGGAAGAGACAGAAUUGGAUGAGCGGUCCCAGAAGGACUGGGAUGAUAUCAUUCCAGAGGAGCAAAGGAAAAAGGUGGAGGAGGAAGAAAGGCAGAAAGAAUUGGAGGAAAUCUACAUGCUGCCUCGAAUCCGGAGCUCAACUAAAAAGGCUCAAACAAAUGACAGUGAAUCAGAUGCAGAAACUAAGAGAAGGCUUCAGAGAUCAUCUGGAUCAGAAAGCGAGACUGAUGAUACCGAUGAUGAGAAGAGACCAAAGCGCAGGGGGCGUCCUCGAAGUGUUAGAAAAGAUACUGUGGAAGGAUUUACUGAUGCUGAAAUCAGGAGGUUUAUCAAGGCUUACAAAAAGUUUGGACUCCCUCUUGAACGGCUGGAGUGUAUUGCCCGGGAUGCUGAGCUGGUAGACAAGUCUGUGGCUGACCUGAAACGGUUAGGGGAACUCAUCCACAAUAGCUGUGUGUCAGCAAUGCAAGAAUAUGAGGAGCAGCUGAAGGAAAAUCCAAGUGAAGGCAAAGGACCUGGAAAAAGAAGAGGUCCUACUAUCAAGAUUUCUGGUGUCCAAGUCAACGUGAAAUCCAUCAUCCAGCAUGAAGAGGAGUUUGAAAUGCUGCAUAAAUCCAUUCCUACAGACCCAGAGGAAAGGAAGAAGUACCGCCUGACGUGCCGUGUCAAAGCUGCCCAUUUUGAUGUAGACUGGGGAGUGGAGGAGGAUUCUCGCUUGUUAGUGGGAAUUUACGAGCAUGGCUAUGGAAACUGGGAGUUAAUUAAAACGGAUCCAGAAUUGAAGUUAUCUGAUAAGAUCCUACCUGUUGAGACAGAUAAGAAACCUCAGGGAAAACAGCUCCAGACCCGAGUUGAUUACCUACUGAAACUGUUGAAGAAAGAUCUGGACAAGAAAGAAAACAUGAAAGAUGGGGAAGAGGGCAAGCUAAAAAAGAGGAAACCACGAGUAAAGAAAGAGAACAAGGCUCCCAAAGUCAAAGAUGAGCAUGGGAAUGAACUUGCCUCUCCUCGGCACUCAGACAACCCGUCAGAAGAAGGUGAAGUCAAGGAGGAUGGCUUGGACAAGAGCCCAGUGAAAAAGAAACAGAAGAAGAAAGAGAACAAAGAGAACAAGGAAAAACAGACAACUACUAAGAAAGAAAAGGAAAGUGAUAAAGAGAAAAAGAAGACAAAAGACAAAAAAGAGAAGCCUAAAAGCGGUGAAGCCAAAUCUGGAAGUAAAGGGAAGAGAUCGCAAGGUCCCGUUCACAUUACAGCAGGGAGCGAACCGAUCCCCAUUGGAGAAGACGAGGAGGAUGAUCUGGACCAAGAAACAUUCAGCAUAUGCAAGGAAAGGAUGAGACCAGUGAAAAAAGCACUAAAGCAACUUGAUAAGCCUGAUAAGGGACUGACGGUUCAAGAACAGCUGGAGCACACACGCAACUGCCUCCUAAAAAUUGGGGACCGCAUCUCUGAGUGCCUUAAAGCCUACACUGACCAGGAUCAUAUCAAGCUAUGGAGAAGGAACCUAUGGAUAUUUGUGUCAAAAUUCACAGAAUUUGAUGCCAGAAAACUGCACAAACUCUACAAGAUGGCUCAUAAGAAAAGAUCACAAGAAGAGGAGGAACAAAAGAAGAAGGAGGACAUGUCCAGCAUGAAGAAGCUGUUCCGCCCAGAGCCUUCAGGCUCUAGCCGUGAUUCUGUGAUGUCCCAGUCUCAUGUGCCUCACAAUCCUCAUUCCCAGAAGAUCCACCUGCCCCCUUCCCACACCCAGCAGCAGAUGCACGGGCACCCGCGUGACAACUAUGGCCAUCCAAACAAGAGACAUUUCAGCAACACAGACCGAGGAGAAUGGCAGAGGGAUCGAAAGUUCAACUAUGGUGGCAACAGCAACCAGAUGUGGGGUGGGGAGCGUCAUCACCAGUACGAGCAGCACUGGUACAAGGACCACCACUAUGGGGAUAGGCGAUCUCGUGGAGAGCCCCACCGGAGCUCUGGGAACUACAGACCAAAUAACCUCUCCCGCAAGAGGCCCUAUGAACAGUACAACAGUGACCGAGACCACAGAGGCCACCGAGAUUAUUACGACAGGCACCACCAUGAUUCCAAGCGUCGACGAUCUGAUGAGUUCAGGCCUCAAAACUACCACCAGCAGGAUUUCCGACGGAUGUCUGAUCACAGGCCACCCAUGGGAUACCAUGGCCAAGGACCUUCAGACCACUACCGGUCCUUCCACACAGACAAAUCGGGAGAUUACAAACAGCCUCUCCCUCCACCUCACCCUGCAGUGUCGGACCCUCGCUCACCCCCCUCUCAGAAAUCCCCCCACGAUUCCAAGUCACCUCUCGAUCACAGGUCACCUCUGGAUAGGUCGUUAGAACAGAAAAACAAUCCAGAUUAUAACUGGAACAUUCGGAAAACAUAAAGUGACUAAGAGGAGAAAAAUUCACAUCUGAAAUACUUGGUUUGAUGCAACAGCGGCUGGCUUCUCCAAGCCAGCAACCAGAAACUCUGAACAUGCUGCUAUCAUCUUGCUGGGUCAAGGAGGAUUUUGAAGGAGCAGGCGGAGGAAGAUUUUUCCCUAGCUCUCAGUUCUAUUUUGGAUUCCUGUUUCUUUUCCCCUAUUCUACCAUUGAAUGCUGGAACAAGCCUUGCUGCCUCAUUCUUUGUUUUGUUUUGUUUUCGUCUUCGCCAGUCCGAUGAACCCAAGGGGAUUUUCCUCAGCCAGUAUUUCCCCAAACCAAGAAGGCGGAUCGAUGCUGCUUAGGAUUGUGCAGAAGGCUACGUGCCUGCUCUGACUUGAUAUUACGUGACAGAUGCUGCUUUGGGUUUGGGGAUAAACUGGUUGGGCUGGGCUUUGUGUGUAACCAGCAUAGGGCAAUGGGAGGAUACUCAAGGAGGGACAGGAGAGUCCUUCAGCAGCCAAGCUUGGUUGAAAGAGAGACUCUGUGUCCCUGCAGAGUGACUCCAAAGGAGUUGGAGCCAUGCUGGUGACAAUCCGUCGCUUUUCUGGCCACGUUAUCAUUUCUCAUGUCUUUAUCCAUUUCAAGAAACUGGCUCUGCUUUGAGUGCUGUUGUGUCCCCUGCAACAGAAGAGGUGCGGGGCAUCCUCUUCCCACCUCAGGGCUGGAACUGGCAAAACUUCACUCUGUGGGGUUUUGGGAUGGGGGGGGG